AUUCCUGAUAGACUGCUUUCCAUGAGUCUAAAAAUAAACAUUUGGACAUUUGCCAGUCCUGCGCUGCGCGCUCGCCCUCCCUACUCGUGUGUUGUUGGUUACUAAGCAACGUAUGCGCGCCACAUAAGCUGCGUCAUAUCCUGUGUAGGGGCGCAUCGGAGCUUGUUCAGUCGAUCCUCUCCGACAGCUGAAGGCUGGACGGCGACUGUCGAGCUCUGUUCUGGUGUUUUAUUUAUUUUCGCUGUAAUGCAACGAAUAACUUUACAACCUGUUGGAUUUUCUGGCUUUGGAAUACAGCAGGUGCUUUCAAAGGAGCUAAAGAGCUUUGCAACUUUACUUUUGCGUAUUUGAGCUUGCCAAAGAAAAGCAACUUUACGUUUUAGUUUUGGUGCCAUAACCUCAAAACACGAGACGAGAGGAUUACUGAAUUUGCAACUAAGGCUACGCUUUAAAAUCUAUGAAUGGGAACGCAAGGGUUUGAUAAUGGUCAAUUUGGAGCUUUUGGUUUUUAGGUGGAGAAUCCGAACGUAAGGGAUUCACAGUUGACGGAGACAUUGGAGAAGCUCUAGCCACUUGACACUUUUAACGAAAACGAGACGCAUCGCGGCUUGAAGCCACCAUUGCUCAAAAGGGCUACUGUGAUCGAUGCCACCCGUAGCGUAAUGAGUUUGACGGGAAACAUCAGGGUACCAACGCGCAAUGCGCCGCUACACAGACUCCUGUAGACCCUGCACCGCAAUGCUGGUCGUACCUCUCCACUUCAUCGUGGCUCUGUAAUCCAUGCAAAGGGCGAGAGGAUGAGCACAGACCUAGAGCGCCUGUCGCUGAACUCCUCCUCGGGUAACUCUGUGGCGUCCAGUGCGCGCACCUUAUCAGCCAACGUAAAAAAGCUUCACAACGCGCUCAACCUGCUGCUCAGCGAGUUCGAGAGAGAGCAGUUCAUCCACUGCCUCAACGUAUACCACUCCAAGCGCAAUGUCUACGAUUUGGUCCAAACCCUCAAAGUCAUACUCAACGUCCCGAGCAAGCGUCAGCUUUUGCCCAUGCUGCGGUUGGUCAUCCCGCGCUCGGAUCAGCUUCUCUUCGAUCAGUACACUUCAGAGGGUCUCUACUUAAAAUCCGACGCCCUUGCGCGAAAUGGUGACCCGGAAGGUGCCCAGGAUGGCGCUAAUUCGAGUCCAACGCAAGGGGCUCAUUUCCCGGCCCAUUCAGUGGCUUUGCGCGCCUCCCCUGACAACAUCAGCACCAGCAGCGAUGGGACAGCGAAUCUUAUUCCUCUAUUGGGCAAGAAUUUCUUACCGGAGCCCCCUGGUGAGAUCCGACAGGUGACCCUUAAGCGCCACAAGAGCAACGAGGGUUUGGGAUUUAGCAUUCGCGGAGGCUCCGAGCACGGGGUCGGGAUCUAUGUGUCACUGGUGGAACCGGGUUCCUUGGCGGAAAAAGAGGGUUUGAGAAUAGGAGAUCAGAUUAUGAAAGUGAACGACAAAGUGUUUGAUCGGGUCACGCACGCAGAGGCGGUUAAGGUGCUGAAGGGAAGCAAAAAGCUUUCCAUGUCGGUGCGGUCCGUGGGGCGGAUCCCAGGUGGUUAUGUCACAAAUCACGUUUAUACUUGGGUCGAUCCACAGGGCCGCAGCGUGUCACCUCCCCCUGACCUGCUGGUGGAGCAUCGCAGCGCCACACUGCGCCGGACUAACAGUCAGGGCCGGAGUCACAUGCAACUCCUGCAGGACGGCGAUGAGAAAAAGGUGAAUUUGGUGUUGGAUGAUGGACGGUCUUUGGGUCUCAUGAUUCGUGGUGGGGCUGAAUACUCUCUGGGCAUCUACAUCACAGGAGUGGACAGAGGGUCUGCAGCAGAGUGUGGUGGAUUAAAGGUGGGGGACCAGAUCCUGGAGGUCAACGGACGAAGUUUCCUGGGCAUCCCGCAUGACGAGGCCGUGCGAGUGCUGAAGUCUUCUCACCACCUGAUGAUGACGGUUAAGGAUGUCGGGCGACUGCCGCAUGCCCGCACCGUAGUGGGCGAGACCAAGUGGAUUGCAAGCUCACAGAUCACAGAAAGUUCUGCUAGCAGCAGUGUUACAGGACUCUCUCUGGACCAGGGAGCAUCAGCAUCAGGAAAGGCUGGUUUUUAUAAAGGUAUGGCAGGUUCCCAAGUCACUCUGUCUAGUCUGGUGAACCAAAGCAGGGCGAUGCUGGAGGAACAAUCCAGACAUCUACUGACUGAAACGGAGAGGCAAACGAUGGGUUAUUACAUCCAGGAGUAUCGAGACGGUCACGUCGGCGUGGAGCAGCUCGUAAUGGCACUCUUUGAGUUACUCAAUACACAUGCCAAGUUUUCUCUGCUGUCUGAAGUGAGGGGACUUGUGACCCCUCAAGAUGUGGAGAGGUUUGACAGUCUGGUUCUGAAACGAGAGAUUGAAGCUCUGAAGGCGAGACACGGAGGUGCUGGAUUUCAGGACUCGUUCUCUAUGGUGUCAUACCCCGACACUCUGGCCUCAUCCUCGGCCAGCUAUAUGACCAACACGACCCUCAGCUCUGCAAGGGAAAGACUGCUCUGGCUGAUAGACAUGAUGGAGAACGAAAGUAUGACAGAGAACAACGGGGAACAGUCUGUCGAGCAGAGCAACGCCCUGCCUGAUGUCUCUCUGGAUGAGGUACAAUCCACCUCAGAGUCCCCUCCCUCUUUUAAACCACCUCCUCCCCCAGGGGUUCAACGCCGCCCGGGUCGAAAAGCCACACUUAGCAAACGACCAUCGUCCACCUCAACCCAAUCGGGUUUAUAUUUCACCGCCCCAUCUCGCACACUGACCAAAGAACCUAAACACUCCAAACCUCACCCCAAAACCGAGGUCCCGGUAUCUCAGUUGUCAGUCGUAAGCCAGCACCCAAUCGGGCCUUUCCCACGUGUCCAGUCUCCUUCCAAAGUGAUGCCACCUAUCCAAACCCGAUCUAUGGCACCGCCACCCGCUCCAAGUGUUCCUGCACCCCCUGGGCCUCCACCCCCAUGCCCUGAUAAACCCGCCCCUUCCUCUCCAGCAUCCAAUCAGCACUUUGUCAUGGUUGAAGUGCACAGGCCUAAUGCAGAACCAGAUGUGAAUGAAGUGCGACCGCUGCCACAGGGUCGAGGAGGGACAUUGUCUCAGCUCUCGGACAGCGGACAGACCCUCAGUGAGGACAGCGGUGUGGACAUCGCAGAAUCUGGAUGUGUUAGUAAGGACAGCAGCCCGCGUCCAGCUCGCACCAGAACCCAGCAGGAUGGGCACGGAAAAGAGACGGCUGCCAAACCGCCUGGCCUGCUGGAACCGACCUCUGUUUUGGUGCGAGUGGCAAAAAGCGCCAGUACGCUGGGCAUCGCUAUAGAAGGCGGAGCGAACACACGUCAGCCUCUCCCACGUAUCGUUACCAUACAGAGAGGUGGUUCAGCCCAUAACUCUGGACAACUGAAGGUGGGUCAAGUUAUCCUAGAGGUAAAUGGAGUUUCACUCCGAGGAAAAGAACAUCGGGAAGCGGCUAGACUCAUCGCGGAGGCUUUUAAAACCAAAGAGAAGGACUACAUUGACUUCUUGAUCACAGAGUUAAAUGUGGCUCUAUAGGACACGUACAAUUCCCAUGUACUAUUAAAGAGCUCUGGGACCCAGCGAGAUGUCUUGCCAUGAUUAACCCUAGAAUCCUGUUAUAUAAUAGACAUCCAAUCACCUUUCGCUGUGAUGUUUGAAACCAGACAGUGUUCGAAAGGCCAUCCUGCGUGAAUCAACCCCCUGUUGACCUUUUCGAAGGCAAAUGCCAGGACGGAGGAAAAGUUCAGGUUGUUCUGGGCAGUGUGUUCAAGAAGAUGAAAUCAUCUUUCCAGUCACUUUAUUCUUUAUCAGCCUCUGUAAUAAAUUCGGUCACGUGACUGCAAUACGGCGAGAGGCUGUUGAAUACGGGGCUUUGAUCUGUGCACUGUUUGAGAUGCAACGUCUUGUCCAGGGUUUGAGCAAGAAACAAGAAAAGCAUUACAGUUUUUUAAAUCAUAGCUAUUUUAUAAAAAAUGUAUUUAAAUAUAUAUAUAUAUAUAUACAGAAUAUAUUUAAAAUGUAAGUAGUGGACAUACUAUUGACCAUAGUAAAUAGUGACUAACCCUACAGAAAUAAGAACUACAAUGCUUCUCUAUAUUCUUUUUUAGCUAGUCGGUUUCAGUUUUUGAUUGAAUUGUUUUGCAGCAUUAUGCAGUAAUUACCCAGUUGUGACAAUUAACCGCUGGGACAGAAAAUGCCGGAGUGUUUGGAGACAACAGCUCUGUUCCAAAACCUAGUGAGCGGCCUACAUAAUCAAUGUUUUAUACGCACUCCUGCUACGGCUGUUAGAGAUGGCGAUACCUUGUUAUUGCCAAAUUCCAAGGCGGCAUCACGUAUCUUUUCAGGAGAAGGCAAUCCCAUGAUACAUUGCAGCAAGUGAUUAUGCUAAUUCCUUCAGUAGCAAAAAGCAAGUAACGUUUUUGGGUAAAACCAGAAAGUCUCUCAAAUCUCAGAGGUAAGCUUAUAAUAAUAAUUGAUCAUUGGUUGGAUUUCGUGGAAAGUGUCAGUUUGACAUUAUUUGACUAUAACCAAUAUAUACAGUGAAAAUAAGUGCGCAAAACUGAAGCUUUUAAGUUAUUUGUACGCUGUCAAAAAUUAGUACAUGUUAUAAUUGUUUGACCGUUUUGGUACAAUACUUCACCCUAAGGACCUAUUGUGCACCAGUUAAAGGAUUAAUCCACUUUCUUAAAAGCCCCAUGUCUUCUUUAAAUGUUGGCAUCUUUCUUUGUUCAGUCGAGAAGAAAAUAUGUUUUUUAAGAAAAACAUUUCUCAAUAUAAUAGACUUUAUGGGACCCCAAACCCUUUACAGCAUGGGUCUUCAACAGGGGGUCCGUGACGGAAUUGCAGGGGGUAUGCCAAAUGAUGUUUAACGACAAGCUAUUUUUUGCUUAAAACGUAAAAUAUAUGUACAAAACGUUACAUGUCCCCUUUAAGUUGUGCACGUGCGUGGCCGCAUAGGUUUGAAGGCGCGCGUUCAGUUUAGCCAGCGGACCAAAAUACAAUAUCUAAAGAUUAUAAAUGUCCACUCAUGAAGCAGCAGUAGCGACAGAAAAGUCAUCAUAAAACAGGUAAAUCUUAUGUGUGUCUUUCUUUCAGAAUGUCAUUUUAGAAUCAGUGCGACAUGAUGUCAUUUAAAAAAUUAAUGAAACGCGCGCCAUCACAUAAACCAGCGUUACUUAAACUCGUGACAAUGAUGAUACACAAGAACGGCAACAAACCUCAGAAUUUUAAAGUAGCACAACCUCUUUCCCCACCAGAAUAGACAGUCUUUGUGCCAUUCACCAUGAUCAGUCUUCUUUAUAAACUGAAAGCCCUUGUCCAAUUCACAGUAAAAUGAAAAUAUAUUACACUGCAAAUACCUUAAAAUAAUAUUAUAUUAUUAUUAUUAUAUUAAUAUAAAAACUAAAUCUACUUUAACAAAAAAAUUAUGCAUGUUAAUAGUAUGGCUGUGUGACAAUAUGGUUUGUUUCUAUUUAUAAAACAGUUCCAGUCCUUGAUUCUGAUUGGUCAUCAGUUGUACUUUACUCCACUUUGCGUUGUGCCUAAAACGAAACGGCAGCCUUUCGUACUUUACUGCUUACUUAAAUAUCUCUGUUUUACACAUUUAGUAUUAGGGGGGUCCCUGCUCCAUGCCUCUCUCAUCUAAGGGGUCCCCGACCCAAAAAACGUUGAAGACCCCUGCUUUACAGUUUAAAACUGCAGUUUUAACACAGCUUCAAAGAGCUCUAAACAAUCUCAACCGAGGCAUAAGGGUCUUAUCUAGCAAAGCCACGUCAUUUUUGGCAAGAAAAAAAUAUGUACUUUAAAACCACAACUUCUCGUCUUGAACUAUCUAUGUGAUGAGCCAGUGCGACCUUAUGUAAUGUGUCAUGAUGUUAAAGUUUAGACGUGAAGUGCGAAACUACCACCCUAGUGUUUACAAGUGUGGAGAAGGGGACCGUUCUGACGUUGUUGUAUGUGGAAUGAUAUAAAUUAAUGUCCUUUUGUUAUACUUUGUUUAAAAUGGUCCACAAAUGUGCGUUUCACAUAUGUUACGCAUGAUCUUUCCACGUCAUGACGCAUUGCGUGAGAUCGCAUUGGCGCGUCACACAGAUAGUGCAAGACGAGAAGUUGUGGUUAAAAAGUGGGAUAGAGCGGGGCACAACCUAACGCUUUUUGGUUUUGGCUCAAUCAUUCCAAAAAAUAUUUGAGUUUGAUUCAUGAUAUUUUUACACAAGCAACAAACACAUCUCUGCUACAAAUGAACAUUUGAAGUUUGUUUCUAGUACUUACCAUUCUUGGACAAUUACACCAAACAUGACAGAAGUGCAAACGUUACAACUUACCCCAUAGGUGGGGUUAAUUGUAACAGGCAGGGGGUAAGUUGUAACACUUGCAAAAAAUUUAGUUUGCAGGCAAAUAUUCCAAUACUAUUUUGUCUAUAUACUUGAAGUGGAUGUUGUUUAUAUAUCUGUCUAUAAUAGACAGGUAUCCAGACUGUAUUCAUUCAUCCAGCCCUUUUCUAACAAUAGUUCAAUUAUAAAUGGAUACAAAUGUCUAAAUAUGUGAGAAAAAACAGCACAAUUAUGACAAAAAAAUUUGUAUAUGUGACCCAGUCUGUAAUAACCAUACUACAGUUUCAAAAUCUAAUUUUGAGAUAAUGAGCAUCAAAGUCUGAUUUUAGUCAUUCAUUUCAUUCUGAUUUCAAUCUUUGACUUGACCUUAUUCAAUCAAUAUUAAAGAUAUUAACAAAAAUAAAUUUGACACACGAUUUUUAAUACGACAGGCACAUUUAUUUUGUUGGCAGCCAGCAAUCAUUCAAGUGUAGCCUCUUUAAAACAACGGCAAGAAUUACAGCGUUACAACUAACCCCGCUGGGUCAAAAUAUUUUCAAGCCCACCAAAAAAGUUGCUAAGAGCUGCAGACAUAUUUCAAAACGAUGCUAUGUUCAUCAUUAACUCUCUGGAAAAACAUUAUACAUUGCCAAUAAUUUGCGGGAGAUCGUCUUUUGGCCGGAAAAACAAAACGCUCAACCUUGUGCAACAAUGUAAACAGUCCGUGUUACAACCCCCACGUUAGUUUUAUUUUUCUUGCCGAAAAUGACAAUUGUUUCGCUAGAUAAGACGCGUAUGCCUCGAUUGGGAUCAUUUAGAGCCCUUUGAAGCUGCAUUGAAAUUGCAAUUUUAAACUGUAAAGUGUUGGGGUCCAAUAAAGUCUAUUAAAUGAAGAAACAUCAUAAUUUCCUCAAAAAAAAAUUAAACAACUAAACAAAGGAAGACAUCAACAUUUUGGAUGAUAUGGGGGUGAGUAAAUGUUCUGGAUUUUUUUAAGAAAGUGGAGUAAUCCUUUAAAUGUGAGGGGUACAAAACAUUUAACUGUACAUUUAAAAGUACAUAAUAGGUCCUUAAGGUACAGUAAGUAACCAAAAAGUUAUUAUGUUUUGUAUACCUGUAAAGGUACAAAACGGAUCCUAAUGGGUACCACACCUGUGACAGAUAAGGUGCAGUUUUGUACCUUUUUCUGACAGUUUAUGAUUAUAUUGUUCUUUUUUGUUAUAUAUUUAUUCAACCAAUUUUUAUAUCAUAUUUUGAUAUGUAUGAUUGUGACGAUUGUCUUUUUAAUGGAUUGAAAUGUGCCUGGCAAUAAAUGAGUGUGUAAAGUAAACUGCAAUCUUGCUUCAAACAGAGAUGGCGAUAUAGAGGCAAAAGUAUCUGCAAAAAAAGCAUUACAAGGUGUACAAUACAUUUUUAUCAGUACAGUACUGGAUGUGUGUUUCCUGGAUUCUUACCUAUGACCUUUGCUUUGCUAACGCAAUGAUCUACCCCUGAGCUAUACAAAUUACACAUUUUCUAAACGUAUUUAUUUUGUGCAGUAUUUUCAAGCAUGUAAAUGGCAAACAUUAGCCGUUGUAGUCUCCCUUCUAAAAGUGCACUUCAUGUAAAGUGUGUUGAAUUGCUUCCUAUAAUGUACUGUAUAUGUAGGCUGCAGGAAGUGUCUCAUGGGUAUUAAAUUUCACUUGAGAUGUUGUCUUCGAGGGCAUUAGGGUAUCUCACUAGGAUUGGAACAGAGCCUGUGGGCAGAGCCUUUGAAAACAGGUCUGCAAUAUAAGGACAAUCAGAUUUGGUUAGAUGGAGGGAGAAAAUGAAGAAACCUCUUAUCCAAUUAUGCUCAUAGUGAUCCAGGACAUGGCAAUCAGAGACGAGCAGCUAUUAAACCUAAUAAAAAGCUAAUCUCAUCUGCGAAGAAUCUGUUUGGUGGAUUCAAAAAAGGUGGUGACACAAACCAAUGUGUCAAUCAUGUUGCAUAAGAGGCAGAAUGUGGGAAAGGAAAUUGAGGAAAGGUGUUAUUGUAAUGUGUGAGUGGUGUUUUUGAAUGCAGAGGCAGUGUGAAACAGUCCCAUAGACUAUGUGUGAAAGAGCCACCUGAAUGAGAACAUGCCGUCAAUCUCUCCUUAGGCUUUAAAAUAUUGACUAGUGCAAGCAUGAGGCUUGUUUUUUCCCACUUAGCCACCAUUUUAAGCCCACAUCAAGUCUUAAAUGCCACCAUUUUGAAUCCUCGAAACACUCACAGUAUGGAUUUUAAUAGAUUCCAAUGGGAAAUCUAAACAGAUGUUAACAGAUAUAUUGAGUAAAUACUUCGUAAAAGGUCGAUGAUACCCGAAACUCUUUUCCUUUGUGCUCAGAGGACUCAGAGACUGGUAAGUUUGAAUGAUUCAGACACAAAACUUCCAAUUUUAGCACUUGUUUGUUUUGUUUAUUGCAUACUCUGUUACUAUUUUACUCCCCACACCUGGGUUUACUGCAGGUUUCAUCCAGUUGCUUUUCUUUUUUGUCAAAACAUUUCCUGAAAGCUCGCCCACAGGUGCAGACAAUUCACAGCAAAAUUCUGAAUACACAAAGGUAUUGUGAAAGACAUCUAAGAUGAGAAGAAAGAGAGAGAUCUUUAGAACAGCAUCUCUUCCCAGCGAUGUAGCUCUUCAAAUGGAAAGCAGUUCUGUCUCGCACAUGUGUGGGACACUGGAGCUUGCAUUUUAUUGGUGGACAGGAUAAAGAUCAAAACAAAAGGCAUGUCUGAUUGUGCUGACCUUCAGGUGUGCAUAAAUUUAUGAUUAGUUCCUGUGUUCCCUUGAGAAAAGGUAUGAAUCAGACAUUCAGAAAACAUGCUGGUCAUGCAUGGUUUUAUUUGUGAUUUUUGUGUCUUCCCAGCAAGCAAUAUAGUUGUCAUUUCACCUUUACCCGAUAUACACACUGUAAAAAGUGAUUCACUGCCUUGAAAAAAAUUCUAGCAAGAUUUACAAGUCAUUUCAACUUACUAUUAUUUAUUAUUGACAUGAGAUGAGUUGCUACAACUUAUAAAUUUAAGUUGACCUAUUCAAGUUAUAACUCAUCUCUAGUCAAGAUAAAUAAUAGUAAGUUAAAAUAACUUGUAAAUCCUUGUAAAUUGUUGAUUGAACAAGAAAAUUUAAGGCAGCAAUUAAUUUUUUACAGUUCGCUAAAAUAAAUGCUGGGUUAACUUAUUUUCAACCCAGCGUUGGGUCACUAAGGGAUGAGCCAAGCCUGUUAUAUUGUAAUUUAACUUAUGCUGGGUUGUUGUUUGGUCAAAUAUUUAAACAACACAAUUGUUUAAUUGUUUCAAAGCAGCUUCGCAUUAAUAAACACCUAAAAAAAAACAGGGGACAUCAAAAGUAGAGGUGGGGGGAAAAACGAUUCUUAGAUGCAUCAAGAUGCGGGACAUGGACAAUUUUGAAUCGAUUCACCAGUGUCAAAAAUCAAUUUUCUGAAUUAAGUAAUAAUGACGGAAUGCAAAAGGUGAAACUCUGCAGCGCGAAAUACAAACACCCUCCUCGUUAAAAGCUGACGUGUGGAAAUAUUUAGGCUUUUAUGAAGUUGAAGGCGUAAAUGAGCUAGACAAGAGCCACACUAUUUGUAGGUUAUGUCAAACAAAACUAAAAUAUUUUGAAAAAACACGACAAACAUGAGAAACAUAUAACACAUUUCCACCCAGGUCUGCUAGUUCAGACACACAUUUAUUUUUCUGUUGGUUCUUUGCAAUGUUAAUAAAAUAUAUUGGAAGUAAAUUCUUCAUGGGUCAUUACUUGGUACUUUAAAAGCAAAGUAUCUAUACUCACACACACUAAAAAAAGAUUCAAAUAAUCGAUAAUCAUUUUAGCAUCGCAUCGCCGCCCUCUGAAACGUAAUGGAAUCG